AUGGACAUGAGUAUCGAUGGCGAGCCAACCAAGAUUUCUCUUGGUAUUCCAGUCCCUGUCCCCGUACCAAAACCAUUGCCCAUCCUCGGCAACAUCUUGGACAUCGAUCUCGUCAGCCCUCUAGACUCCCUUAUUGGGCUUGUCAGCAAAUACGGCCCCAUUUUCUCUCUGACCUUUGCCGGCACGAGGGAGAUAACUGUCUCAAGCCGCGAGCUCGUUGAUGAACUCAGCGAUGAGAGCAGAUUUUGCAAAAUCGUCACGAGCGGCGUUGAGAUUAUGCGAGCAGCAGCCGGCGAUGGACUCUUCACAGCGCAGCAUAACAAUCAUACCUGGGGUGUGUCACACCGCAUCCUCAUGCCAGUAUUUGGACCCUUGAAGAUCCGCAGCAUGUUUGAUAAUAUGAACGAUCUUUCUGAGCAGCUAUGUCUCAAAUGGGCCCGACACUGUUAUUCUGCGCCUAUUGAGGUGGCUGAUGACUUUACCCGCCUGACGUUGGACACCAUUUCUAUUUGUGCGAUGGAUUAUCGCUUCAAUAGCUUCUAUCUCGACAAGAAAGCUCAUCCGUUGGUGGAGAGCAUGGUGGAAGUCCUCGCUGAAGCGGAUCUGCAAGCUGUUCUCCCCGACGUUUUCAGUCUCCUUCGGCCCAGAGCGAUGUCCAAGUUCCGGAAUAACAUUGAGCAGAUGCAGGCUACUUGUCGCGAAAUUAUUGCUCAAAGACGUCAAGCCAACGGCAAAAAGAUGCCCAAUGACCUCCUCGAUGCUAUGCUCAACGGCAAAGACCCGGACACUGGUGACUCUCUAAGCGAAGAGGCAAUCGUGCACAACAUCAUCACUUUUCUUGUCGCCGGUCACGAGACUACUUCUUGUCUUCUAACUUUCGCCAUCUACUACUUAGUAGAGCAUCCCGAAGAGUUGAAGAAGGCACGAGAGGAGGUGGACAGAGUGGUCGGUGAUGGCCCAAUCAACGUACACCAUCUACAGCGACUCCCCUUUCUGGACUCCGUUUUCCGAGAGACAUUGCGGCUUAUGCCUACUGCGCCGGGCUACUAUGUUACCCCAUUCAGGGACGAGAUCAUUGGCAAAAAGUAUCUUGUUAAGCCCGGUGAGGCUUUGUGUGUUCUCCUGCACACACUGCACCGUGAUCCCAAAGUUUGGGGUUCCGAUGCAGAAAGUUUUAGGCCUGAUAGGAUGACAAACCUCGAGGACAUUCCUCCAAACGCUUGGAAACCCUUCGGGAACGGUAUGCGUGGUUGCAUUGGCCGAGCGUUCGCCUGGCAGGAAGCCCAACUUGCCAUCUCAAUGAUUUUACGCAACUUUGAUCUUUCGAAAGGCGACCCGGGUUAUAAGCUCAAGGUGAAGCAUCUGCUCACCAUCAAGCCCGCGGACUUCAAAGUUCGUGUCAGCUUGAGGAAUGACAAACGCCCGACAGACUUUCUCAAAAGUCCGAAGGCUGUUCCAGAGCCUAUCCCAAAGUCGAUGGUCUGUUCAACAUUAGUCAAGUCCUUGGUACUCCGCCCAAUUACCAUUCUGUUUGGUUCAGAUACAGGCACCUGCGAGGCAGUGGCUCAGAAAAUUGCCAUUGAUGCUGGGGCAAAGGGAUACAGCCCGACAGUAUUGCCUAUGAACGACGCAGUUGAUUGUCUACCGAAAGAUCAGCCUGUCAUUAUCGUCGCUGCUUCCUAUAAUGGUCUACCGUCUCGCAACGCAGCCAAGUUCGCGCCCUGGAUUCAAGGUCUCAAGCCCGGAGACUUACAGCAUUUGAAAUUUGCCGUUUUUGGUUGUGGUCACAGAGAUUGGCCAGCCACCUUGUUCAAGGUUCCCAGGUCGCUUGAUUCAAUGUUGGAAACAGCUGGAGGCCAGAGGCUGUGCACCCUGGGCGCCGCAGACACGGCAGCGACCGAUGUCUUUUUCGAAGUUGAGAAGUGGCUGACGAACGACUUGUGGCCACUACUCUUGGGAGACCCUGCCACCAUGAAAGCCAGCAGGUCCAAGUCGGAUGUUGGUGUGGAGCUCACGCUCGAAGAUACUCCACGAGUUUUGUCGCGCAGUGGCUUUGUUGCAGCCACCGUCAAGGACAUUCGACUGGAGCUCCCACCUGGGACAGUUUAUGAAGCAGGUGGCCACGUCCAAAUCUUGCCGGUGAAUGAUGCACAGCUAGUGCGCCGAAUUCUGUCAUAUUUCAGGUUGAGCAGCGACGUUGUCCUCACCAUUAAGUCUGAAUCUGGACGCCCACUUCCGGUUCCAAGCAAUACCCCUAUUACGGCGUGGGACCUAUUUGCAUCCUAUGUCGAGUUGACAGGCACCGCAACUCCUGGAAACAUUCAGGUUAUGAGUGAGCUAGCAGUCUCAGACGAGACCCGCAGAGUCUUAGAGGCCAUGUCAAAACGCCUGCUUGGCUCGGAGUCGCGCAACACGGGUCUCAGUGUCCUUGAAGUACUGGAGUCUUACCCAGAUCUCAACCUCCCGCUUUCGGAGUUCCUAAUCAUGCUACCUCGGAUGCGUCCCCGAACAUACCCCUUCUCCUCUUCACCACUUUGGCACUCCAACUCUGCCACUCUCACUUACACUGUUGAGAAGAAGGGUCUUGCGUCGAACUAUUUGGCUUCGCUCUGUCCGGGAAGUGUGCUCUUUGUUUCACCAUUGCCGUCAACACCUCACUUCUGCCUUCCAAGCGCAACGACUCAAGCAACAACGCCAGUUAUCAUGAUUGCCGCCGGGGCUGGUCUAGCCCCUUUCAGGGGCUUCUUACAAGAGCGUGCAAUCUCACUACGAUCAGGUGCCACCUUGGCGCCGGCACUUCUAUUCUUCGGCUGCCAUGGUCAACUUCUCGAUGACAUGUAUCGAGAUGAGUUCGAUGCCUUCGAGACUGAGAAUGCUGUCAGGGUCUUCCGCGCCUUCAGUCGCGAGGGGGAUAUGUCCUGCAAGCAUGUCACUGAUCAACUUCGGAACCAUCUGCAAGAAGUCACCAAUCUUUGGAAAGCAGGAGCAAAUGUUUAUGUAUGCGGUGGAAAGAAGGUCUCAGACUCUGUGUUUGAUGUCCUUGCCCCCGCCCUACAUAAGGAUGGCGAUGGUACGGGGGAAAAGGCAGAUGCAGCAGAUGAUGUCCAGAAGUCCUUCGGUAUGGCUACGAAGAGCAGAUACGUUGUAGAAGUAUUCAAUUGA